GGAGACACAGGAAAUUGUUAAAGGAACCAAGCACCGGGCAAAUGGCCCGUAAAUAUACGUCUUUAUUUGUGUUCAAAACUUCAAACGCUGGGACGAGAUGGCGAAUACAGCUCCUGUGAUGAUGGAAGCGGUCCUCGCUGGACGCAGCAAUGGGUACUUGGCCAAUCGUGGAAUGAUUUUGCUUAACUUGAACUUAGCCAUUUCAUUGAUUUCGAGUUAUGCCACUGGCUACGACGGUUCGAUGAUGAAUGGUCUUCAGACACUUGACACUUGGAAUGCAUUUUUUCACACUCCCAGCGCAUCUACUCUUGCACUGCUGAAUGCGAUCCAAAAUGUGGGACAGCUUGUAGCACUGCCCUUUUGUGCCCUGGCCUGUGACAAAUUUGGUCGUCGAGCUACGCUUCUCUUUGGAGCUUUCAUCAUGCUCGUUGGUACUAUUCUACAAGGGUCAGCACAGAAUAACGGGAUGUUCAUCGCUGCUCGUGGUCUGCUCGGUUUUGGCUUGGCCUUCAAUAUCACCGCUGCACCUCUCCUAAUCCUAGAGCUUGCGUUUCCGACCCAGAGAGCUCCGCUGGUCAGCCUUUACAACGCCCUCUGGUCCUUAGGAGCCAUCGCCGCUGCGUGGAUCACUUAUGGCACAUUUAGGCUCACGAACGACAAUGGCUGGAGAAUCCCUUCAUACCUCCAAGGACUCUCCAGCGCCGUUCAACUGCUUUCCUGCUUCUUCAUUGUUGAGUCGCCUCGGUGGCUCGUUGACCGAGGCCAAGAAGAAAAGGCUAAGGAAAUCAUCAUCAAGUACCACACGAACGGCAAUCCCGAGGAUUACAUGGUCCUCAUUGAACUCGAAGAAAUUAAAGAAGCCUUGAGACUGGAGAAAGAAGCUCUCGCGUCGACGUCUUAUCUGACAUUUUUCCACACCAAAGGGAAUCGGAGACGAUUUUUUAUUAUCUUGGCUGUGGGUUUCUUCUCUCAGUGGAGUGGUAAUGGGUUGAUUUCAUAUUACCUCACCCUCGUACUCGAUUCCAUCGGAUAUAAGACAGAGGCUUCUCAAAAUCUCAUCAAUGGUCUCUUGACAAUCUGGGGCUUGGUAACCACGGUGUUUUUCUCCCUUCUCGUCAACAAAUUUGGACGCAGAACAAUGUUCUUGACAUCAACGAUUGGGAUGUUGGUCACAUUUAUCAUCUGGACUGCACUUGAAGCCACAUACGAAAAGGCGACAGAUCUGACCGGGAGUGGCUCCCCUACCGUUGGCAGAGCAGUCCUCGCAAUGAUCGUUUUGUACAAUACGUUUUUCGCCGUCGGAUGGGGACCGCUUCAAGUCACCUAUGUUGUCGAGAUCCUGCCUUAUCAGCUCCGUGCCAGAGGGCUGGUAUUAUACAAUUUUUUCGUCGCACUUGCGCUUAUCUUCAACCAAUAUGCCAAUCCAAUCGCAAUGACGAAUAUCAAAUGGAAAUACUACAUUGUAUACGACGUGUGGCUUUUUGUCGAACUCGCUGUGGUAUAUUUUCUAUUUGUUGAAACGAGAGGUGCUUCUCUGGAGGAGACCGCAGCGAUUCUGGAUGGCGUUGCGGUACAAGAGCAAUUGAUCGAAGGGGUUGCUCGGGCUACGGAGCAUGAGAGUAAGGUACCGUUGCCAGUGAACGAGAAAGUAGACAGGGGGUCAAAUGUGGAGAUGAGAACAGCCAAAGGCUGAACCAGGGAUAAGGGAUACGUUGCAGAACUAGAAGAUCCUUGAUCUCAAUUGUAUUGUCAAUUCCGGGAUAAUAUUCAAAGCGUGCGAGUUGAAGCCCC